AUGGCAUUUUUAUAUAAUGAAGGAUGUAAAAAAUCAGAAGGAGAUUUCAGCGAAUGUAUUAUGAAUAUAUGUGAAAUAAGUUUAAAUAAAUUUGAAAAAACAUAUUGUAGUAUUCAUCCACUAGGAGUUUAUAUACAGAAACAUUUAAAUAGUGAUUUAAAUGAUCCUUCAAGAAAUGUAUUUACAUACGAAUAUUAUCCACCAAAUAGUAAAUCUAGGAUGACUAUUCUUUCAAAUAAUGAUGAAGAUGGUAUUUUGUUUCUGUAUGAAUAUAAUCCAUAUAAUAAUGAAUAUCCAGAAAAAACAUAUUUAUGCCGCCUUAGGACUACAGAACAAAAGAUAACAUUAUGCGAAGCCGUUAAUAUGGAAUAUUUAGGAAGAACUCUUAAAUUUGACUCUUAUGACAUUAUUAAUGAAGAAAAUAAUAAAAAAAAUAUAAGUAGUUUAAAAAACCCCAAUCAUAAAAUUAUUAAAUCAAAAUAUGAUAAGUUAUUAUUUAAACGACAUCCCUACCAUCAUAUAAAAACAGAAUACAUAUCAUAUUAUAAUAAAAAGAAUAUCUUAUGUAAAAAAAUUAAUAAUGAUAAUAUGGAAUGUACCGAUGCAAAUUACGGCGGACGUUUAAUUUACUUAGAUGAUCGAUAUUAUGAUUUAAAUAACAAAUAUUUAUAUGUUCCCAAUAAUUGCUUAGGAGAAAAUUUAAAUUCUUCAUGUUCUCCAUAUAUAUGCGAUAUCCAGGCUACAAAUGAGUUUGUUCCAUGUGAAUAUGAAGAAAUGAGUGUUGUAAAAAACAUAAGGCCAAUAAAUAACAUAAUGCCAACAAAAAUUAUAAUGCCAAAAAAAGACAUGAGGCCAAUAAAUGAAAUAAUGCCAUGUAAAGACCUAAUGCCAUGUAAAUACAUAAUGCGACAUAAAAGCAUGUUGCCACCAUAUAACGUAAUGCCAAUGAAAGGCAUAAGGCCAAUAAAAAACAUAGGGCCAAAUUCAAAAAAUCCACACGCGAUAUCAUUAAAGAAUAAGGAUAUUUAUCAUGAAAAUCGUUUGAAUAAUUCUGCACUCUUUGCAAUGUCUUUUAUGUCUUUUCUAGUUAUAUUCAUUUUUUUUUUUUGUCUUUUAUAUAGGACUUUUAGAAAAAAGAGAAGUAGGUUACUUAUAAAACAUUUUAAUAUAUUAAUGCUUAUAUUAUGA